AUGGUGUUCGCCUGGAAAUCCGCUGGCCUCAGCUACAACCGCUACCUCGCGGUCGCCUCCCGCGUCGUCCGCCGAAGCUUGAAGGACGACAAGAGAAUAGCCGCCGAGCGUCGUGGAGAGUCGGACCUGCGAUUUGCCAAGUGGUCGAACGGCAAGCAGGGCGAGGUCAAGAACUUGAACGAGGCCAACGCUGCUGCGGCGACCGAGGCUGCCGGCGCCCCCUCCGCAUAA